AUGAAGCCUUUGAUACAAAACUUCAAUACAAAGAUUUUAGUGGGUCAUCGUUUAAAUCUCCGAUCUAUUCUAGAGAGCCAGCAUGGAGACUUCGCAGUUGUGGUGUCUGGUCCUCCAAGCAUGAUGGAUGAAACUCGUGAAAAAGUCGUGAAAUUGUUAGCAAGCUUGCUUUAAGAAGAAGAAUUAAACUAGUGGCGGAGUCCUUUACUUACUAAUUUAUAGUUAUUAUAAAUAAUAAUUAUUUAGAAAAUUAGAAAACUUCAAGAUGUACAGC